AUGUCUCAUUAUAGAGCGCCAUUACCUCAUUUUAAUUUUAAAAGUAAAAUAGAGAAAUAUGAUGAAGAAUUUCAGAAAAAUGGAAACUUUAAACGGAUAAAUAAUCGCAAGAACAAUGAAAUUAGGGAUAUGUUUAUAAAAUUAGGGGAGAAUGGAUAUUCAGACGCUUCGUGUUUUUAUUCCUUAGGCAACACAAAAAUCCUAUGCCUAAUAUAUGGCCCAAAACCGGAUUCAAAAAAUACGACAUAUGAUAAGGGAAAAGUUUUACUUGAAGUAAAAAAUCUUAAUAUGGACAUUUCUGAAGCUAGCGAUAAGAGUGAUGAAGAUAUAAAGAAUUUACUAAUAGAGUGCAUAUCAAAUAUUAUUAUUUUAGAAAAAUAUCCACAAUGUUCCAUAACCAUAAAAUGUUUAAUAAUUCAAAAUGAUGGGGGAUGUUUGAGUGCCGUAUUAACAUGCAUUUCACUUGCCCUGGUCAAGGCACAAAUACAAAUGCGGGAUAUGAUUAUAUCUAUAACUAUAAAUUCGAUAAUUUGCCCCAAUACCAAAAGAGUGUUUCAUCUUGUUGACUUGGAUAAAUUGGAGGAGAAAUAUUACCGAAGUAAAUACGAAAUGAAUACCAUAACAUUAGGAAUAUCCUUAAACAUGAGGACCGUCUGUUUUUUUCAUGGAUAUGGAAGUUUCUUUAAUAAUAAAACUUUAGCAGAAGUUAUUGGAUACGCUGAAGGUGCUUGCAUGUCUUUAGGAUGUGAAAUAAAAAACACUUUAAAAAAAUAUAUCGCAAAAGAUAAAUCAGGAGCAACCGCCUUACCAAGUUAA